UUUGACUUUUACUCUUCCAUCCUCUCCACUAGGUGGUGCUAAUAAGCUACUCUCAACACUUCCCAACCCAGUGCGGUGGCUCGAAAUGAAAGUGGGAGGUGAAGUGAGUCAAACAUUUCAACGCAGCCGGACUCUUCGCAUUUCGGUCCGAGAGGCGCAUGGAUCGAUCUUUACGACCUCUUAUUGCCGCCGUCGUCCUGGAUGCUGCGCAGAUUGAUACGGGACUCUGGAACGGGUACAUCCCAUAUUUCGAAUACCGUGCGUAACCCCCGCGACAUCCUCAACCGCGGCAGCCUGAUUUAGGGCUUGGCAGAAGCGCAGCGCGGGGAGCUGUAGGUUCGCGUCAGAAACGGUCCCGGUGAAGACGCUGGUGGAGAUGGAGCGGUGGAAAGGCAGAGUGGCCCUGGUGACCGGAGCCUCAGUGGGGAUUGGAGCGGCUGUAACCCGGGCUCUGGUCCAGCAGGGCAUGCGGGUUGUCGGCUGUGCCAGGAAUGUCGACAAAAUUGAGAAACUGGCAGCCGAAUGUCAAAGCGCGGGCUACACCGGCACACUCGUCCCUUACAAAUGUGACCUGUCCAACGAAGAGGAGAUCCUGUCCAUGUUCUCGGCCAUCAAAACGCUUCACAAGGGGGUGGACGUGUGCAUCAACAACGCCGGCCUGGCUCACAACGAACCCUUGCUGUCCGGGAAAACGGAGGGCUGGAGGAACAUGAUUGACGUGAACGUCUUAGCCUUGUCCAUCUGCACCCGCGAGGCCUACAAAUCAAUGAAAGAGAGGAACGUGGAUGACGGCCACAUCAUCAAUAUUAACAGCAUGGGCGGGCACCGACUUGUGCCGAGUGCCGAUGAGCAUUUCUACUGUGCCACUAAAUACGCCGUGACUGCGCUGACCGAGGGGCUACGGCAAGAGCUCCGGGCAGAAAAGACACACAUAAGAGCCACGUGUAUAUCUCCUGGAAUAGUGGAGACCGAGUUUGCCUUCCGACAUCACAACAGCGAUCCAGAGAAAGCAGCAGCUGUCUAUGAGAGUAUAAAGUGCUUGAAAGCAGAGGAUGUAGCCAGUGCAGUCACGUUUGUCCUCGGUGCCCCUCCUCAUGUUCAGGUUGGAGAUGUGCAGAUGAGACCAGUGGAGCAGGUAUUAUAGCAGUGACACUGGAAGGCAGCCACCAUGACUCCUUAGCGGCCUCUGCUGGCCAUGUGGGAAGGCAGCCAGGAAAGAAGAAAGGGAGGGAGAUGUGUGGGGUCUAUAGGAGCUUAACUAAGAAGAGCUGGAGCCUUAAAGAGGCUAUGCGAGGAAUAACGUGCAUGGACUCUGUAAACCACUACAAAAAAAUAAAAAUACUACUGAACAGCAACGUUGUCAGCUGCUGGUCUCAGUCCUGAGCUGAGCCGACUUUAAAGUGAAGUAGGAACAAAUUGGGACAGAGUUGCUGCUGCGCUGUGUGGUCAUCUGCACGGCCACCACCUCAGAGGGAAUAUGUCAUUGAUUGCACAUUUUGUUUGGUUUUGUUCGUUUUCUUUUUGUAGGUCACAUGACAUAUCUUUUGGAAAUCUAAUUGAAUUAAUUGCUGUUUAUAGGAAAACUUUUUUUAAUAAAUACUCUGACGUCUAAUUGCAGAUAUAGCGGUGGUCUUACUCAAUCUAAUCCUAGACAAUGCUAUGUCAUACCUACUGUGAGUAGCCAGAAACAGUUUGUACAUCCCACUCCAUUAUUAACUCAUCUCACAAACACAGUUGCCCUGGUUUUGGAUCUGGUGACUCUUUGCAGAUGUUCUGGGUGCAUUUAGGGAAACAUGUCUUUGUUGUUUUACGCGCUGGUUUUACGUACUGUCCACCUAUUUGCCUGUGUAGAAUCUGUUCUGCACUAUGGAGCUCAGAAAAGGAAACUAGCUGUGCAAAAUGUUAUCUUUCUCUUGGAAUUUUCUCAUGUACUUAAUAAACAAAAUAAAUACUGUUCCCCUCAUGGUA